AUGCUCGGACGACUCGCUGCGCUCAGCCUCGGCGCCAACGCAGUCCUUGGCGCCUGCCCGUACCAGAACUACGCGUCCACGUUCACGGUCAGCUACUGUGUGCAGCCCGAUGCGAUUCUCUGCAUUGUCGACAGCAACUGCAAGCCGACGGUGAUGUACACGAAGAAGAUGGACGUCUUCAAGGACUCGACGUUGACCGACCAAAUCAUCAUCAAAGACAAGGCGCAGUACCUCGCACAGCUCCCGCGACUUAGCAACACUUACAUUCAAUUCUUUGGCUCGGUGCGCGAGGUUGGCGACUUGUCCAACGACUCGAUGGUCGCGCUGCUGGACUUUCAAGGCAACCCUGGCAUCGACCUCUCCAAGGCUGCAUUUCCAUCGUCGAUGACCCGCUUGUCGCUUGCGCAGUGCCAGCUCUCGACGCUUCCGACAACGGUCCCGUACGGCCAGCUCUCGGAAUUCUAUGGGUGGGACAACAACUUUACGUCGCUCGACAAUAUCGAUUUCCGCAACGCGGUCGAAAUCAAAUUCAACAGCUGUCCGCGCCUGACGACGUUCAACAACGUGUCGGUCUCGAAUCGACUGAGCAAAUUCUACUUUGACGACUCGAAUUUCACAACAUUUCUCGUGGACCAGCCAACCUAUACGGCGCUGCAGUCCGUCCCGACGUUUGCUGUCGGCGGCAUCGAUGUCUCGGCUUCGUGCAAAGCGCCCAACACCAUCCAACCGCUCAAGACCAAGUACUCGGUGUGCGUCAUGCCAGCGUCAACACCGACGAUGGCGCCAAUCUCGUCGGCGCCCGGGACAUCGACACCGGCCGUGACGUCAUCGACGACGCAGACGGCGUGGAUUGUGGGGGCGACGCUCGGGGCUGUCGCCGUCGUUGGGCUGUGCGUCGCCGCCUUGGUGUGCUUUCGCCGCAAGCGCCGCGCGGCUAAUCCGGCGACGGAAUCAACUAUCAACCGAAGCUACGGGCGCACGGAAACGAUGGCGGGGGACACGUCGUCGACGGGACACAUGGUCAGCGCCGCCUUCAACAUGGAGGACCUCGAGCUGCUUCGACUCGACGAACGCGCCCUCGUGAAACUUCAGUCGAUUGCCAAAGGCGCGUACGGGGAAGUCUACCGCGGCGAGUACAAAGGACAAGAGGUUGCGAUCAAGUGCAUGCUCCAAGGCAAGAACUCCCGCGACGACAUCCUCAGCCUCAUUGACGAAAUCAAGCUCACGGCCAAGCUCGACUGCCCGUACGUUGUCCAGACGAUCGGUGCGAGCUGGCGCGUCCCGUCCGAGCUGCAGAUGGUCCUCGAGUGGAUGGACCGCGGUGACCUCAAGAGCGUACUGGAAAAGACCAAGCCGAAUGUGCCCGGCGGCGUCUCGACGACGUUUCCGUGGGAAGAAAAGUUUCAGACCAUGCUUGCGAUCGCCGACGGUCUCGUCUAUCUGCACUCGCUCGACGUCAUCCACCGCGACCUCAAGUCCCGCAACGUGCUCAUGGACUCGCAAAAGGGCACCAAGCUCACCGACUUUGGCGCGUCGCGCGAAGUGACGACCGAGACGAUGACGAUCGGUGUCGGCACCUACCGCUGGAUGGCGCCCGAGAUCCUCCAGGACAACCACUACACGACGGCGGCCGACAUUUAUUCGUUCGGGAUGGUCAUCUCGGAGCUCAACACGCACUUCAUUCCGUACUCGGACAUGCGCAACGACAAGGGCAAUGCGCUGGUGGACACGGCGAUCAUGAGUCGCGUGAUCCAAGGCACGAUCCAGCCGACGUUUACGGCGUCGAUCCCGUCGUGGGUGCGGACGCUGGCGCUAGAGUGCCUCCGGCCGCAUCCCGAAGACCGGCCGAGCGCGACUCUUGUUGCGCACACGAUCCGGCAGCAGCUCAAGGUCGGCCUGUAGUCGACCAGUGUACACAAUGCAAGCGUGCUUGCUUUCAUGGAAGCCUUUUUUGAUGGCAACAAACGUGACAAGCACACUGUUGAGUCGUG